AUGUAGGUCCUGUUUGGCAUUUUCUUCCAAAACAGGCCUGUUUCGUCACAAUUAAACACCUGUUAAGGUUUCAAGUCUUCACUGUCUAUGUAAUCCUUGAAUUCCUUCACAUAUUUUUCAGCCGUUUUUUGGUCCGAACUGGCAGCCUCACCAUGCCUUAUCACACUAUGUAUGCCACUACGAUUCUUAAAUCUCUCAAACCAACCUUUGCUGGCCUUAAAUUCACUCACAUCACCACUAGUUGCAGGCAUUUUUCUAAUUAAAUCGUCAUGCAACUUCCUAGCCUUUUCACAUAUGAUCGCUUGAGAGAUGCUAUCUCUUGCUAUCUGUUUUUCGUUUAUCCACACCAGUAACAGUCUCUCAGCAUCUUCUAUCACUUGCAAUCUCUUAUUCGAAAACAAAGUUGCACCUUUUGCAAGAACAGCUUCCUUGAUUGUCGUUUUCUUGGCCACAAUAGUAGCGAUGGUUGAUUGGAGUUUGGUAUACAACCUGGCCAGCUCCUUGACACGCACUCCACUUUCAUACUUAUCAAUUAUCUCUUUCUUCAUAUCCAUAGUAAUUCUCACUCUUUUUCCUGCAGGGUUGGCACUAGAAGCUUUCUUGGGGCCCAUGGUGACUUAUUUUGCAGGUACAAUCACUAAAAACGCUGUGAUGAUAUGAAAUGUUCCGAUUGUAUGCGUGGAUGCGACCGCACUGGCUGGCUUGUAAACACUGGCACCCACGGGACAACUGAGGUGUACUCAGGCCACAUGUGGGCGUGUCUCGAACAAAUCGCGUUGGGUGAGUUUUUUAGCGUUAGCCGAGGCAAAAUUUUUGCGUUAGCCGAGGCAAAAUUUUUGCAUUAAAAUGUAUCGUUGGCUGGAUUUAACGUUAGCUGAUGCCAUCGUUAGCUGAGGGUCCACUGUAUUUGCAUACACCCUUUCAGUCAGUCUUACACAGUUAAUUAUGCAAAGUUUUAACUUUGGAUAGCCCAAUAAAGUCAAUUGGAAUUAUUUUCCUAGGGGUUCUUAUGUUACAAAGUUAUUUAAGUUACAGAGGCACAAAUGCAUGCUGUCUUAAUCCUCAACCCAUAGUGAAUACUAACAAAAGAAAAUCCAUGUAGAAAAUGAAUACUGUAUGUCAUAUCAAGGCUAUGUUAUGAAUAUUUUAACAGGACAAGAAAUCACUCCUUCCUUUCUACACCUUCAUUCAUUAAGGUAUUUUUUUUUUUUUAGCUCUAGCCUUUAACUGAUUUAUUAAAUAAGACUUACUCUGAUAUGUGUAUCUGUUAAGGGUAGGUUAGUGGAUAGAAACCAUCCAGGGAGGUAAUACAGUUCUGUCAAAUUUGUGUGAAAUAGAAACCUGUUAGUUUUUUUCAUUUUGACCGAAUAUCUAAUGUUUUUCUUGGUCUUGUGAAUGCUUGAGAUAAUAAUAAUUUUAUUUUAGCACAAUAUAGUGUUUGUACAGUAAGUCCUCAUUUAACGUCAUUGAUAGGUUCUUGGAAACUGCGACUUUAAGCGAAACAAUGUAUGUAUAAUGAAACCAGUUGUACCUUAGGCUAAUUAAAAAAAAGUUACUUUCCUACGGCAUAUUUCUGGCCACAGAACAUCACCAAACUUAUAAUAAAGACCCAAAGCACUUCUAAUAUUAAACAUUGAAAUAAAUGUAAGCUAUACAUACAUUUAAGAAAUAUUAAUAAAAGAAUUAAGAUAAUUAUUUGCUCAAGUUUUGGUGAAUCCGUUAGUGGGGGUUUGGUGGUUGUAGUGGUGAUGUGUAGUAUGGAGAGGGAGGCUUAAGCCUCAUCACUGGUGAUGGGUAAAGGUGAGUCUGGAUCAUGAUCAUGAUCGCUGAAGGGCAGAGAAGCAGUUUGGUCAUUAUUAUCACAGAAGGUGAGGGUAGGAGUGUUGCAAGAAAUUCCUGAGGGGCCUGGUGUUACCUGGACACUGUAGAGGAUAAACAAAAUACAGAUGUAGUAUACACAGACUUUGCAAAAGCUUUCGACAAGUGUGACCAUGGUGUAUUAGCACACAAAAUGCGUGAUAAAGGAAUAACGGGAAAAGUUGGUAGAUGGAUCUACAACUUCCUGACAAAUAGAACACAAAGAGUAAUAGUAAACAGAGUCAAGUCCCAGGCAGCCAUGGUAAAAAGCUCUGUUCCACAAGGCACAGUACUUGCUCCCAUUCUGUUCCUCAUCCUCAUUUCUGACAUAGAGAUGUAAGCCAUAGCUCCCUGUCUUCCUUUGCGGAUGACAACCGGAUUUCCAUGGCAGUGACCUCCAUCGAAGACACCGCGAGACUCCAAGCGGACAUCAACCUGAUCUUCGAAUGGGCCACUCAAAACAAUAUGAAGUUCAGCAAGGAGAAAUUUCAACUACUCAGAUAUGGGAAGCUUGAAGAAAUUAAAAAUGUGUCAGGGUAUAUGACAAAUUCUAACCAUACAGUAGAGCAGAAAAGUAAUGUGAAGGACCUGGGAGUGGUAAAGUCAGAGGAUCUCGCCUUCAAAGACCACAACAAUGUAUCUGCCUCAUCCGCUAGGAAAACGAUAGGAUGGAUAAUGAGAACCUUCAAAACUAGGGAUGCUAAGCCCAUGAUGAUUCUCUUCAAAAUACUUGUGUUCUCUAGGCUGGAAUACUGUUGUACACUAACGGCCCCCUUCAAGGCUGGUGACAUUGCAGACCUGGAGAGUGUACAAUGAACUUUCAUGGCACACAUAAGUAUGAUAAGGUACCUAAACUACUGGGAAAGGUUGAAGGUCCUUGAUCUGUAUUCCCUUGAAUGCAAGUGAGAGAGAUACAUGAUAAUAUACACUUGGAAGGUCCUGGAGGGAUUGGUACCAAACCUGCACACGAAAAUCACUCCCUAUGAAAGCAAAAGACUUGGCAGGAGAUGCAACAUUCCCCCGAUGAAAAGCAGGGGCGCCACGAGUACACAGAGACAGCACAAGAAGUGUCAGGGGCCCAAGACUUGCCUCCCAGCAUACAUAAGGGGGAUUACCAAUAGACCCCUGGCUGUCUUCAAAAAGGCACUGGACAGGCACCUAAAGUCAGUACCUGACCAACCGGGCUGUGGUUUACACGUCAGCUUGCGUGAGGCUAGCAGUAACAGCCUGGUUGAUCAGACCCUGAUCCACCAUGAGGCCUGGUCUCAAACCGGAUCACGGGGGCAUUGACCCCUGAAAACCUCUUCAGGUAAACCUCAGGUUGGAGCGGAGUGAUGGGUGGUGUUGGUGGUGGUGCUGCAACUGCUCCAACUGGGGUUUCAAAAAAACACAUCCGAGAUUUGUUGUCUUUCUUGUUUUUCCUUCAGUUUGUAUAAUUCCAUGUUGGGGUUGUACGAUGAAGGAAUUAUUAUAGAGAACAGAGCAAGGAAAUACAAGCAAAAUAAUGAAGCAUUACAGGACAUCAGAUCCUGCAAAUUGUGUCAAAGCAAUCUAGGCAAUCCUGUUUCCUUCUGAACUUCUCUCUCUCAUUCUGGAUUUUUUUGGUGAAAAUGAUCAUAGCGUUAUCUAACAACUGGAAAGUCUUGAAUAAAUCUUUAGUUGAUAAUAUUCAUGGUAGUACUGCAUCCUUGGUUUCAUCCUCCUCUGCAGCACAUUGUUGUUCCAUCUCUAUGUCGUUUCAUCUCCACAUUUGUACAGAGAUGGGAGACAUUUAGUUGUGCAUGCAGAUACCCAUAGUUACACAGAGCAUUUUGGGCAAAUUUAAGCCUAACUUAAGAAGACUAUUCCAGGAAUAAGAAUAAAAUGUAUUAAGAAAUAUACAGAAAGGAAAGGAUAAGUACAGUAGAAAAUAUCAUUAAUCAAGCCUGGUUCAAAAUGUUAAACAGGCUUCUAUUUCACACUCAUAUGACAGGAUGUUUGUAUCUACCUGUAUGGUUACUAUCUACUUAUUUACAACCUGAAUGAAUAAUGAGUUUAUCAUAUAAGAGUAUUUUAGGUACUGUAGCAUUUACAGUGAUGCAAGUGGUAUUACAGAAGGGUCCCGCUGAUACAGCAGGUCAGGUUCUGGGCUACUGUUGUAAAACGAAAAUCUUUGCAACGUAUAUAUAAAAGCCUGAUAACAUGUUUAUGCUAUCAUAUAUUAAGUGAGCUAGGCUUAAAAAAUUCAUAUACAGUACUCAUUACUUGCCUCAAAUAAUUUUUGUCCGUAUCUUAAAGUGAGUGGUGAAUAUAUUUAUUGUAGGAAGCCUGAAUAAAUGAAGAAUGGGUAUACACAUAAUUGAAAACUGCUGCGCUGGUGAAACACCAUAAAGCGAAGCUCUGUAAAGCGGAGCCAUCCUGUGUAUUAAAUGUUUUCUAGAUAUGUUAAUUAUAUUAGUGGUUCAGUACUGUGUGCAAUUUGUAUUAUAUUCUUCUGUGAAGAAAGUAAAUAAAAUACAUAUAAAAGAAGUGUACAUAUGGCACAUUAAUUGUCUUUUUGUUAGAUCUAAACAUGUAACUGACAGCUUCCACUAGUUUUCAGAAGUAAACUAGGUCACCUCAUUAGAAAUGCAAGGACCCUCAAUAACUUUUUUGGGUUAUCCUGGUGGGUAAUUUACUCACGUUACUAUGUACGAUGAUUUGUGUAACUGUAUUUAUAUGUACCUGUACCAAAAUAAACUUACUACUUAUAUUGCAGACUCCCAUUCAUGUCCUCAAUUCAAGAAUUUCCAAUCUUCCACAGGCUGUUAUCCUUUUCCAACUAUUUCUUAGUACUAAACUUGCUACUUAUGAGAAAGCUGACAAAGUUGUUGGUUAAGAUAAGAUUUUGUUUGAAUUUUUAAUCCGAAGGGUUAGCCACCCAGGAUAACCCAAGAAAGUCAGUGCAUCAUCAAGGACUGUCUUAUUUCAUUGGAGUCCUUCAAUCUUGUUCCCUAGGAUUCAGCCCACACAAGUCAGCUAACACCCAGGUACCUAUCUACUUGCAAGGUGAACGGGGACAACAGGUGUAAGGAAACAUGCCCAAUGUUUCCACCUGGCCGGGGAUCGAACCACGGACACAGUGUGUGAGGCGAGUGUUGCCUACCAGGCCACAGGGCAACAGGCUUUAAUUAUAUUACAGUUGGACUUCUGGUCAUCCUCUCUGUCACUUUCAGAUGCUAUCAAAUGAGGGGCUCUUGAUCCAAGGAAUUGGAUGUGAUAAAUAAUUUAGAAAACCGACAUGUUGAAGACAAGUUGUGCAACAUUUUGGAAUCUUUACUGAGGAAGUGUUUCACCAGCCUGUCACUUCUUCAGUCCAGUACAGAGAAGAAUGGUGGAAAAAGAGGAAGAGUUUGAGCUAACCUUAGACGCCAUCAUCAAUGAGAGCCAACUAGCUAACGAAAGAGUAAACGAGAGAGAGAACAAGAUACAGAGUUGAGACAAUACUGCCAUCUAGAGCCAAAGGAUAAGCCAGGCAGGACGUAAGUGUUUUUCCGAGCGAGGUAUUUGCACCGGCAGGAUUGAUCAAGAGCUUCUAGGGUCAUGCUCCACGAUGGAUAUCCCACUUGAUCUAAAGCUCUUUAUGAAUAAUGCCCCCACGAAGGUGUAUAAGUGUGAGCAGUGCAAUGCCUCAUACUCGGAUAAGGCAUACUUUGAGAUGCACAAGCAGACGCAUCAAAAGGGAGAGAUAUCCACCGUCCAGAUUGUCAUGACCGCCCCUCCACAGCCCGCCACACCUCAGCCCGCCCCAGCACAUCAACACCACCAGCAGCAACAACAACAGCAGCAGCAGCAACAACAACAACAACAACAACAACAACAACAACAACAACAACAACAACAACAACAACAGCAGCAGCAACAGCAACAACAGCAGCAGCAACAGCAACAGCAGCAGCAGCAACAACAGCAGCAGCAACACCAACACCAACAGCAGCAACAACAGCAGCAGCAGCAACAACAACAGCAGCAGCAGCAACAACAACAACAACAACAACAACAACAACAACAACAGCAACAACAGCAGCAGCAACAGCAACAGCAGCAACAACAACAACAACAACAACAACAACAAAUAAUUCACCAAGAUCCGCAGCUGACAGCGUACAAGAGAGCCUAUGGUGGCGAGAUUCACCAGAUAUAUGAGGUAGCACCGUCUACCAGAUACCAAGUUGUCACCACCUCCCCUCAUGCCAUUAAUGCUGCAAACAUAACAGCCAUACAAGCACAGGUCAAUGUUCCCACCUACACAGCCUCCAGUUACGUUUUAACCACAGCCCCCGAACAGGCCCAUAGAACAAUCGCAACAAUUCAACAUCACCAGCAGCAGCAGACACAAGAGCAUGCACAACAGCAGCAACCACAGGAACAGCAACAGCAGAGGCUUGUGAUAGCACUGGAUACUAAAGAUCGACCGUACAAGUGUGACCAGUGUACCGCUUCUUUUAUCGACCCGACUGAACUGAAUGAGCACAAGAAGAAGCACAGUGGCGAUGGUCCAUUUACCUGUGAAGAUUGCCACUUCACUUUCAUGUAUAAGAGUCAUUUCAGAAGUCACAAGACACGGUGCCAGAAAAAACGUGCUAUGAUGCCCAACCCUCCAAAACCCAUUGUAAAUCCAGGUCCCAUAAAACGACAGUUCCCCACACAUCAACAGCAGCAGCCGAAACAGCAUCAGCAGCACCAGGUACAGCAUCAACCACAAGUAAACAACAGACCUGCAGCUAAAAAUACUACCCAGCAUGCUCGACAACCGAAUAAUAAUACCAGUAAUAUUCCUUUUAAUCCAAGCAAUCCAACGUUUAAAAGGCAAAAAAAAGAGCAGCGGCAGGACCGACCUUUUGAAUGCCAUGAGUGCGAUGCUUCAUUCCAGACGGUACAAGAUUUGCAGACACACAAAGCCAAACAUACAGGAGAGGGGCCAUUCAAGUGUGAAGAGUGCCGAUUUGUGUUCCUGUAUCGUAAAUUAUACGAAGCGCACCGCAGACGCUGCGAGAAGAAGCGGAAAGAAACGCAUCUGACAGUUACAAAUGUUACCACAGUAGCACAGCCACAGCAAGUACAACAACUUCAGCAACAACCGCAAGUUAUUCACCAGUCACAACCACAACAUGUUCAGAUACACACAGGACGAACUGUCACGGCAGUGCCAUCUUCUGGCUCGACAGUGCAGCUCACUGGACCCAUUCAGAUACACACGGCUGUUCCUAAUCAGCACCAGACUGCUGUUAUUGACAUGAGAGCUGUACAGACCCAGCAACACCAGCAACAGGUGCAACAGGUCCAGCACAUACAGCAUCCUGCUCUGCUUGAGCAGGUCAUCCACGUGGCCCAGGUCCCCACCAGUAUUAGUGGUGGGCGACAGGAGAUCAAAUACGACUUGGUGCCGGCCACCGUCGAUGUGGGAGACAUGAACCAGAUCAUGAACCUCAUUAAGGUUAAGGGACAUCCCCAGUAGAAUUGACUGUUCACUUAGGUGCAGGGUUGGCAACCUCUUGAUGUGUCAUCCACGGUAGUUCCACUGCUGUCGUUGGUUUGAUCCAAGGAAGACAAGAGUAGCUCAGAUUUCUUGUUCCAAGGAUUUGGAGCUACCUUCUUCUAUCUUGAAUCAUGCCUGAUUGCCUGCCAUUUCCCAGGCGCUGUAAGGCCCAUAAGGGUUUAGCGCUUCCCUGUGAAUUUAUUAGUGGGGAGUCAGGUGUCAAGAGAGUGUAACCUUGUGAGUGAUUGAGCUUUGGUGGGCAUUAUAAUAGUGUGGUCAGUACUGUGGAAACAGAGGCAAAUACUGUAUACUACAAUCCUUUAUUGACACUGUCAAGAAAGGAUUGCAUUAUAUUGCGUUCACCUCUUUCCAUCAUGUUGGUAUUUUAUGCCAUUUCUCUCUUGAGGUCAGUACUGUGUUGAUAGUUAUUACAACUAUUCUCAUCUUUUUUUCCAUGAAGUACAAUGUAAAUUUUGAAGUGCCAAGAGUCUUAAUGACUUGGAUUCUGCCUUGGUAUAGUUCCAAGCUUUGACUUACCAUAGCAUUUCUAAUUUAGCCUGGUUAAUACCAGACUAGACCAAGAGUGAUAUAUGCAAUGACUGUGUACUCUUUUAUUUAGAGUUACCAUGCAAAAAUACAUUUAGCUCCUCAGGUUCAGCAUUUUAAGCUGAGCCUUUCCUAAGGUUUAUAUGUUUUUGAAAUAAGACUAUAUAUAUAUAUAUCAAAUUUUCUUGUAUUAUGCUGUCAGAGCUGGAUGCUGGCUGCCUGGCAAGCAACAUACCCAUCCCAACAUACACUCAAAAAUAUACUAGAAUAUUUUCUCUCUAAGAAUCUAAGCCUGCUAGAUCCUAGCCUCUGUUUAGGAACUUAUUUUUUUAUAGUUACAUGGGAAAUAAAGAUUAACUUUACGACUGAAAUGAUAACAUUGCACACGAUAGACAUGAGGCAGUUAUGCGGGUGGAUAAUCUAGCAUUAUGAAUUGUAAAUACAGUCACCUCUUUUAAAGCUUCUCUGUAUAGUGCAGUUUUUUAUAAAUGUGAUUUAUAAAGUACAUCCAGAAUUGAAUAGCUCAUGGAAAGGCCUUCACAGUACAGGCUAUUCAGUAUUGGGUAAACUUCUUUCAGUUCCAAUUUUAAAAAAUAACACUAAAUAAGGGAGCUUUAUAAGAGAGCUUACAAUAAACCCUUGAUAUAAUGGACAAAUAAAAGCUUAUCAAUGUCCAUUAAAUUAGAAGAAUAUUAAAAAUAACAGAAAAAAAGCAUUUGGCUACUCUAUAUCUAAAAUAGUAUUGUACAUGCAAUUUACAGAUAUAUUUCAAUUAAGAUAAAAAAUAAUAGAGUUCCUAGUACACAUUACAUGGCAUAUUUUGGCCAUUUUAAAAAUUCCAUGAUAUCGAAGUCUCUUCUGUUAAAGAUCACUUUAUCAAGGGUUUUACCAUUUAUAUACUUGUGUAAGGUAUUUUGUGCUACCCUCUGUUCCACCUCAUUUCAUUGGGAACGAAGAAAGGAUAUGUUGAUAAGACAGGUGUACAACAUGAUCUGGUUCAUGCUUCUACAGUCGAAUGCAGACGAGGCCUACUAUGUAGGCGAAAUUUUCGGAAUAAAGAUACCUAAUGUUGCACAUGUGUCUUAAUCAACUUGUCGGUAUUGUAUAUCAUUAUUAUGUUGACAAAGGCCAUGUUGUCAACCAAGCUUGUAUAGGGACUAUGUUUUACUCCGUAGAGCUUUCAUCAAGUCAUGACUUUGAGGAAACUCUACACAUUAUACCUAUCAAAGUUUUUUUUUUUAUUUUUAUUUUUUUUUUUAAAGCUUGUUCUGCAAUGUUUGUCUUCUUUGUGACUGCUGGCAGUGCACCAGUUGUAUGCAGGUUGGGAGAAGACUUAAGUGCUAGGAAUAUUUACCUUCCACUUUUGAAUUCCGAAGGUUGUUUGGAGAUAAUCAUGGUUUCCAAAAGUAUUGAAAAGUGUUGUAUCUAGAAGGCUAACAUUCUUAUGUAAAUCAUCACAGUUAUGUUCAUCAACUGAAUCAAUCAACAACACUAC